AUGCAGCUUCUUUCACUUCUGGCCAUUGGUGGCCUUACUGCCAGCGUUGCUGGUAGGAGCAUGCAGUCGGUUGGAAAGAGAGAAGAGGCCCCGAGACCGCGCGUUGCUCGUCCACACCCGUUGCGCAAUGUGCAGUCGGUGAAGCGUGAGGCGACGUCGAUCAUUAAUACCGAAGCGUCCAAGAAAUUCAUUGUCAACGGCACGGCAGGAGCUAUUCCAGAUGUGAACUUUGACAUUGGCGAAUCCUACGCCGGACUUCUUCCGAUCAGCGACAAGGCAAACGACAGUUCCAUGUACUUUUGGUUCUUCCCGUCUGAGAACAAGGAUGCCGAUGACGAGAUUACGAUCUGGUUGAAUGGAGGACCUGGGUGCUCUUCGCUCGAGGGCUUCUUGCAAGAGAAUGGUCCGAUCUCGUGGCAGUAUGGAAGCGCACCUUUUGCUGUCUACAAUCCGUGGAACUGGGCGAACCUUACCAACAUGGUGUGGGUCGAACAACCAAUAGGGCACUGGGUUUUCAUCUAA